UUCAGUUUAAAUUUUAUUUAUUACUUUCAUUUACUCUGUUCUUCCAGUUUCUCAUCCACUAUGAAUCUUCAUAUUUUCAUCUGCGCAUGCGCUGUAUAUCUUCUGUCGGUAUCUCACCAUGCUUCUGCCAAGUGUGAAGAAAACUGUACAAUCCAAUGUCCCUCGUCUUUGAGGAACAGACGUUUCACGCCAGAGUGUGUCAGAGAAUGUUCAUACGUCUGCUCGGGAGGAGUGGUUCUACAAAUACCCUACCACGUACAGCGUCACAGACGAGUAGCAGACGACACUAAAGUAUUGUUGCCGUUUCCAUUUGCCGUUGAAUUCUACGAUGAAGACGGGGAUGAACAGAUCUCAUUUUCUGAGUUUGUGUCCACGGUGAAGUGUAACAACACGGACUCUUCAGCGAGAGAGGCGUUUACGUUGGCUGACACUAACAAUGACGACUUGGUAAGCAGAGAGGAACUUAGUCAAGCUCCCUUUGAGAUGUGUUUGAGGGGUGGUGGCAGAAGACAUGGUGGACAUCGUGGGCGUGGUUAAUUUUAGGACGGCAGACAUCGUAGGCCGGGUUAUUGGGAUGACUGACAUCGUGGGCGGGGUUUCUAUUGGGAUGACAGGUCUAGAUAAUGCGGAUUUGUUUCUAGUGCUGCAGCAAAUGAAGAUGAAAUGUUUUUGAAUAAAUGUGUCAUAUUUGUUUGUUUACAUAAAGUUAUAUAAGUUUAA